UAUGGGUCGGUCCUCUGAAGAGGUUGGGGCGUCAUCAGGCGGGUUAGAAAAACCCGCUCCGCGGCGGGGACACUCAUUCCGUCGGCACCGCGGAGCGGGUUGCUUCAGGUGGCUGGUACCAGCGGCGCUCGCUAGCUCCCAGCUCUCGGGCUCGGGACUGCAGCACCGGCUGGAGCGAACCCUUGUCCCAGCGGCAGGCAGACGGGCAGGCAGGCGCUGCUUUGCGUGUGAGUGCGCCUCACUCACUUGCAGCCAGCCCAUCAGCCCCUACGAAGCCCGGCAAGCCGCACUCGGUACCCCCAAGACAGCACAGCGGAGACUGCGGCUGAGCCCCCCGACACGGGGCGCGCAGGAGCCGGGAAGCCCGAGGCCGGGGGCAAGCAGACCACCCGAGCCAGGCGCGAGCCAAGCACCCCGAGGUUGCCGUGGCACCAUGCUGAAGAUGGCCAUGAAGCUCAAAGCCCGAGCGGCCAAGAGCGAGAGGAAGACAGCCGCGGCUGCGGCCGAAGUGGCUGCCGAAGCUGCCGUGGCGGCUGCGGUGCUGGCAGAACCGUUCGCUUCGCAGAAGAACGGGGUCCCCGCGAAGCCCCCCAAGUCCGUCAGGGUCCUCGUGAACGCCGGGCGCGAUGCGCAGCCCGCAAAGUUGCUGACCGACAAAGAGCGCAAGAAGAUGGAGAAGAAGCUGCUGGAGCAGAGGAAAAAGGAAGAGAAGAAGAGGGAGAAAGAGAGGAAGAAGUUGGAGAAGAUGUUGAAGAAGAAGAAGAAGAAUGUGCCAGAAGCUCCAGCACAGACCCGAGGCCGCGAGGGCGCCGCCGCCGCAGGCGAAGACGAGGGCAUCACGCGGGGCACCGCCGGGCUCGGAGGGGGCGCCGCCACCGGGGGCACGAGUAGGGCCUGGGCCCGAUGGGAGAGUGACAGUGAUGAUGAAGAUGAUGCCUACUAUGCGCCUCCCCGCGUGGGGGGCGUCGUGUGGCGGCCCGGGCCUGCCAAGGCAGGCGCACUCAGCGCGCACAUGCCCCUCGUGGUGUUCCUGGUGUUCUCCGUGCGCAGCCCCUCGUGGGUGCUCAACUUCCUGCUACAGCGACGCACGGAGCAGGGCCGCGGCUGCGGCUUCGUGUUCGGGGCGACCUGCUGCUUCAGAGUGUUCCUGGGCUGCGCCUUCUUCUCCUUCCUGAGUGGUCGUGGCAAGCGCAGAGGCCGUGGGCGAUCCCGGGCCAGGGGCACCGGGCGCCGGGGGCGCGACGAGCGGCUCAUCUAGUCAGCCCCCCACCCC